UGCAGACGGCCCACUGGGCUCUGGGCAUCCCGGAGGGCAUCCCGGAGGGCAUCCCGCAGGGCACCGGCGCCUGCCGCCCGUCGGAGCCCGCGGACAUGCCCAACUGACGGGGGCCCGGCUCGCGCAGCUGCCCGGGGGCCGGUGCCCUCGCCUCUCCGGCCAUGGCGCGGCGGGGGAGCGUGGUGCCCGUGUGCUGCUUGGCCCUCCUGGCCCUGCUGGCACUGCCCGCCCGGGGCUGCGGUCCCGGCCGGGGCCCCGUGGGCCGGCGCCGCUACGUGCGCAAGCAGCUCGUCCCGCUGCUCUAUAAGCAAUUCGUGCCCGGGGUGCCCGAGCGGACCCUGGGUGCCAGCGGCCAGCCCGAGGGCAGGGUGGUUCGCGGCUCCGAGCGCUUCCGGGAACUGGUGCCCAACUACAAUCCCGAUAUCAUCUUCAAGGACGAGGAGAAUAGCGGCGCCGACCGCCUCAUGACCGAGCGCUGUAAGGAGCGGGCGAACGCGCUGGCCAUCGCCGUGAUGAACACGUGGCCGGGAGUGCGCCUGCGGGUCACCGAGGGCUGGGACGAGGAUGGCCAUCACGCCCAGGACUCGCUGCACUACGAAGGCCGAGCCCUGGACAUCACCACGUCCGAUCGCGACCGUGACAAGUACGGGUUGCUGGCCCGACUGGCCGUGGAGGCCGGCUUCGAUUGGGUGCACUACGAGUCCCGCAACCAUGUGCAUGUGUCCGUCAAAGCCGAUAACUCCCUGGCGGUGCGGGCUGGCGGUUGCUUCCCGGGCAAUGCCACGGUGCGGCUGUGGAGCGGCGAACGCAAGGGGCUGCGGGAGCUGCACCACGGGGACUGGGUGCUGGCGGCCGACGCGUCCGGUCGGGUGGUGCCCACGCCGGUGCUGCUCUUCCUGGACCGGGACCUGCAGCGUCGCGCCUCCUUCGUGGCCGUGGAGACGGAGCGGCCCUCGCGCAAACUGCUGCUCACGCCCUGGCACCUGGUCUUCGCCGCGCGCGGCCCCGCGCCCGCCCCGGCCGACUUUGAGCCCGUGUUUGCACGUCGCUUGCGUGCGGGGGACUCUGUGCUCGCGCCUGGGGGUGGCGCGCUGCGGCCGGCACGCGUGGCCCGUGUGGCGCGCGAGGAGGCCGUGGGCGUCUUCGCACCUCUGACGGCGCACGGGACUCUGCUGGUGAACGACGUGCUGGCCUCGUGCUACGCGGUGUUGGAGAGCCACCAGUGGGCGCACCGCGCCUUCGCGCCCCUACGCCUGCUGCACGCCCUGGGCGCCCUGCUGCCCUCCGGCGCCGUGCAGCCCACCGGCAUGCACUGGUACUCACGCCUCCUGUACCGCCUGGCGGAGGAGGUGCUGGGCUGAGAGACACCCCCCCCCCCAGCCCAUCACCUCGCCCCUCCCAGCAUGGGGUGGGGGACGGGAGCACAGCGGGGAGGGGGCAAGGGUGGCACAUGAAGUGUUCGGGAAGGAUGAACACGGAGAAGGGCCUGGGCCCUGGCUGGGGUCUGGGCUGGUGGUGGUGGUGCGGGCCGGGAGUCCGGCCGGUCCCUGGGUCGGAUCGGAGGGAGGUAAGGCGCAAGCGAAGGAUUCCCGGACCCCACUUGCAGCCUGGACCCGCUCCUUACAUCCACCUCAGAACCACCAGGCCGCCCAAGAGUUUUAUUUUUCUAUUUAUAAAGUGUAAUAUAAUGUUCCACGCACCUCCGUCUGCGGUUGGUGCCCUGUUUUGUGCCCAGGAGGCUGGUGAAGUGGGCACGGCUCUAACCCCAUCCUGAGCUGCGCGGUGGGUCCGCGUGCUGUGAGAAAGGAGACAGCUACGGGGGGGUGCAGGUUGCUGCUGCUGCUCCUUCUCUGUCCUUCUGGCCAAGUCUGGACCGAGCCCGCCUCCUCGGAGAAUUAGCCCACCCGGCUCAGAGGAAUCCAUGGUUUCCUUUACCCUGGGACCCGGACCGCCCCUUCCCCAUCCCUCGGGCAGCGGGGAGCCCAGCCAGGCCUGAGCAGAGACCCGGAUGGAGGGCAAGCCUGGGAGCCGGGUCUUUGCCCAGCACCUCCCCCCACCGUCGACAGUCGCCCCACUCCUCGCCGGUUGACCCUCCUGCCCCUGCCCCCGCUUUGGGCCAACUCCGCAUUCCUGCCGAUCCCAUUUGCAUAGUGAAGGUCAAGAGGGAAGGGGGGCCGGGGGCGAUGGGGUAGAGAAACUACCAAGCCGGGCCUUCGAGGGCUGGAGUCGUGCUAAUGGGGAUCCCCAUUGAGCCUUGGGUUUUGGGUGCUAGCCACCCCCCCCACACACCCAGGGUCCCAUGC